AUGGACCGAAUUGCGCAGGCGAUCAGUGAGAUCGUGAACCCCAAGCCGACCGCGCUCGUUCCAGUUGCCGUGGGCAGUGAGGAGAUCGAGGUGGCUGCUCUCUGCGAUAUCUUGGCUCGCGGCGGCGUGCGCGUGACUGUCGCCAACGUCGAUGGCCAUCUCCACCACAUCGUGAAGUUGGCCAAAGGGACGGACGUUCAAGCGGACAAGCCGAUCGAGUUCUGCGUGAACGACGAGUACGAUGUCAUUGCAGUCCCCGGAGGCCCCGGUGCUAAGACCUUGGGGGCUUGUCGGACGCUGGUCAAUCUGCUGAAGGAGCAGAAGGGGGCGGGAAAGCUGUACGCUGCGGUUGGUGAAGCCGUUUACGACGUGCUCUUCCACAACGCCCUUGUCGAGGGCCCCAUGGCUGGCCAUCCGACCGACAAACUGGUCAUGGCCGACUUGUACUCGGACGACAAGGUGGUGAUCGCUGAGAACUGCGUGACGAGUGAAGGCCCCGCGACAGCCAUCGCCUGGGCUGUGACUCUGGUCGAGCUGCUUCGGAGCGAAAAAGUCGCGCGCGAGAUCGCCAAAGACAUCUCGUUCGAGCCCAUCAAGAAGUAA